AUGUCAUUUCCUCCGGAUGUCAACCCAUAUGAGGCCCUGGGAGUCCUCAGCGAAGCAUCCCUCGCGGAUAUCCGAACGGCCUAUCGCAAACGGGUCCUCAAGUGCCAUCCCGACAAAAUUCAAGACGAAUCGCAACGGAGCGCGGCCCAAGAAGAGUUCCAGCGCGUGCAACAAGCCUAUGAGCUUCUGUCCGAUGAGGCGCAGCGCGCUCAGUGGGACAGGAAGGCGCAGCUAUUGGAAAUGAAACGGGAAAUGCUCGAACGCCGGCGCACGGAGUCUUCUGGAUAUUCGUCCCCGCGGGCCAGUGGAAGCGGCAGUGGCAUGACCCGCGAGGUACGGGACGGACAGCUCUUCGAGGUGCGAGCGCCAAUGGGUGCCUGGCUAGACGAGGAGAUCUCAGAGGAGCCCCGAUCGAUGUCGCGCAAGUAUGAGGAGUUCGGCAUGCGAUCCAAACCGAGACCCAGCGAAGAGAGGAAGAAGACACGAACUCCCCAGAGCAGCUACCAUGCGGCAAAGGAAAUGCGGGAGAGCACCAAGGCUGAUCUGGCGGACCGUGCCAAGCAUCGCGAUCGACAGCGUCGUCAACAAGCCCACGCCAAAUAUGAGAAGGCCUACAGCCCCAGAGUGGAAUCGGCCAGCGACUUUUCCGACUCCAGCGCCUCCGACGUCGAGGUUUACGUUCGCCUGAAGAAACCGACGCGUCGGUCCCGCGAUCCUCGCGACUCUCGUGAAUCACACGUGCGGCCCAUGGAACCCUCCUCGCGGCGACGUGAGCAGUCCUAUGAUGACGACGAUGAGGAUGACAAGCACGACAGUUUGCACUCCAAAGCCGAAAGGUACAUCCGGCGAUCCAAGUAUGAAGUUCCCCAGAGCUCUCGGUCCCCACCACGACACCAUGGUUACGAAUCGGCCGAACCAGAGUCGAGACGCUCGGCUCGGUCCUCCCGCUCAGCCCAACCGCCCUCGGCAUCGCGCAACAAUUCUCGGGAGUAUCUGGAUUCUCCACGACGCGAUCGGGAUCGUGACGACUUCAAGAUCCCCAAGAUGCCCACUGCAACGACCUCUCCCAGCGUGAAGCCACCCACCCGGCCCACUCUGUUUGGUGUCCGUGCCGCUACUUCCAGUGGUUACACUCGAUCAAAACGGGGGAGAGCUCCAGUCGAGACGAACCGACGCUGGAGGAUAUGUCCAAGCACCCCGGAAAUCCCCCAACGAGGAAACUCCCCCAAGACCACCACCAUUCGCUACAAGAUUGAUGACGAGCCCACAAUUAUCGAGUCUCAACCUUCCAAAUCCAAACACCGCCCUAUCUCACCCGAGCGGACUAUUCGGAUGGGACCCAAGCGAGCAAGUACUUUCGCCGAGGGCACUCCUCGCAUCGAAGUUCGCUCAGUGCGGCCCAUCCCACGUCCCGAUGUGGAGUACGCUCAUGUCCGCAGCGACGAUAUUAAAUACGCCCGGAAGAUUGGACCUGACGAUGUUACCUAUUCGCCAGGUCGAUCGAGCUACUACUACCCCAGUCAACAUCAUCGUCAUCCCCCACCAGGACGACGCCAAUCCACCUAUGCCUAA